AUGGUGCCCCAGUGCCAGAUUGAAGUAUUGUAUUUUGCAAAAAGUGCUGAAAUAACUGGAGUUUGUUCAGAGACAAUUUCUGUGACACAAGAAAUAAAAGCGUUGCAGCUGUGGAACGAGAUAGAAAGUCUACAUCCUGGAUUGACUGAUGUUAGAAAUCAGGUGAUAUUUGCCGUUCGUCAAGAGUAUGUUGAGCUUGGAGAUCAGCUCCUCUGGCUUCAAGCAGGAGAUGAAAUUGCCAUUAUCCCCCAUUAG